AUGUCGCCUGGGAAAUUGCAACGCAAGCCCCGUGUUGUCGCUCUCGGCACGCCCAAGUACGUUGGGGAGGAUUUCCUAGCAAAGUUCAAGGAGGACUUUGAUUUCGAUGUUCUCAAUGCCACGAAUCGCAAGGAGACGCAGGCUAAGCUGCCUGCCAUGAUCAAGGCGCAUGGCCCAAUCGACGCCUUCAUCAUCCGAAUGGGAACCCCGCCCUACGAACCCUUUGACGAGGACCUUCUCACCUCGCUAGCGCCCGGCUGUCGCAUCAUCACGUCUGCCUCAGCCGGAUUCAACGAGUUCGACGUUGGCUGGAUGACCAAGAAUGACAUCUGGUUCUGCAACACCGUCGAUGCUGUCGCCGAGGCCACUGCCGACAUGGCCCUCUUCCUGACCUUGGCCGUUGUCCGCGAUACUUACCGUGCCGAGCGUGGCGCCCGCGAUGGAACCUGGAAAGCUGGUCUGGUACCCAGCAAGGAUCCCUCCGGCAUGACACUCGGCAUCAUCGGCAUGGGGAGCAUUGGCAAGUAUCUCGCCCGCAAGGCCGCCGUGUUCAACAUGAAAAUCCUUUACCACAACCGCAGACGCCUGGAUCCCGAGGAGGAGUCCAGAUACGCCGCAACCUACUGCCCCACGCUGCACGAGCUGUUGGGGGCUUCAGACGUCGUCUCCGUCAACUGCCCAUUAAACGAGAAGACAACGGGGCUCAUCUCCAAUGCCGAGUUCGCAGCCAUGAAGCAGGGUGCCUUCCUGGUCAACACGGCCAGAGGACCUGUCGUCGACGAGGACGCGCUAAUCCAGGCGCUCGAGAGCGGCAAGCUGGAGAGGGCGGGCCUGGAUGUCUUCGACAAUGAGCCUCGCAUCAAUAAGUAUUUCAAGACAAGCGACAAGGUCAUUUGCCAGCCACACAUGGGCGGCCUGACAGAGUCAGCAUUUAGGAAGGCGGAAAGAGAGUGUUUCGAGAACAUUAGAUCACUGUUCACCCACGGAAGACCAAUAAAUCCGGUCAAUACAGCCAGUGAGGUUGUCGUGGACCAAGUUUUAUAG